AUCUCACAGACCGCGCCGAACCCCUCGCCGUGAGCACCAGGUUCAAUGCGUCCGUCGAACAAUACUAUGCAAUGAUAUGAGGAGGAUUAGGCUUCGAUACUAACGACAAUGCCGCUCCAGGAACUGCGGCGACUGUUCGCCCUCGAGACGCUCGAUACACGGUUCUUCAUUCCGGCCACGGCACCCCCGAAGGAUGCGUUAGAAUUGGCAGAUCUUAGCACUGCGAAGCCCAAGUCUAGACAAGAAGGGCAAGUAAAGGGAAAAGAGACUAUAGGGAAUGUACAACCGUCGAGGUGGAACAGUCCGGAGUUUUACUUCUACUACCUUAUACACAUCAUAUGUGUCCCCCUGAUGUUCAAGGCUGUACACGAUGUGUCUCAGGAGUCACACCCAAACUACUCCAAGUUCUCCCAUCUAUUGUCCGGCGGCUGGAUUCCUGGCCGAAAAGUGGACAACUCGGAUGCUCAAUACGCUGGAUUCCGCCAAAAUGUCCCAUAUUUACUACUUCUUGUCGUCAUCCAUCCGCUUCUUCGAAAGGCCUAUGACGGCUUCUGGAGGGCAGGAACCUACACGAAUGUCCGGCCCAACGCUGGCCUUGAGGGACACCUCACCCAGGGGUUGACUGCUGCAUCCGCGGCGGAGGCUCGCAUGGAGCAACGCAUCUCGUUUGAUGUGCCCUUCUCCGUGAUCUUCCUUGCUGCUCUACACGGGUUCUCCGCCUUCAAGAUCAUCACCAUCCUAUAUCUGAACUAUGCCAUCGCGAAGAAACUUCCUAGGAACUACAUUCCCGCCGCCACUUGGAUCUUCAACGUGAGUAUCCUUUUCGCCAACGAGCUAUGCAGAGGCUACUCGUAUGCUUCCAUAUUCUCAUUUGUCCUUCCAUCUUCGCCAGCGUCGGAAAAGCAGGGAAUGCCGAGAAACGUUGGACAUACCCUCGACAACUAUGGCGGCCUCAUCCCCAGAUGGGAGGUUCUAUUUAACUUCACCGUUCUACGCCUCAUCAGCUUCAAUCUGGACUAUUAUUGGAGUCUGAAUUCCAGGGCCGGCAGUCCGAUAGAGAAGAAGCAGCUUGAUCCCUCCAACCUCUCCGAACGGGAUCGCGUCUCCAUCCCCGCCAAAUCCACCGACUUCUCCUUCCGUAACUACUUCGCCUAUACCAUGUACUCGCCCCUCUACCUCGCCGGACCCAUCGUAACCUUCAACGACUACCUCUCCCAACUGCGUUACAAACCUUACAGCAUAACCCCAAAGCGCACCUUGCUCUACGCCACCCGCUUCCUUCUCUGUCUCCUCACCAUGGAAGUGAUGAUCCACUACAUGUACAUGGUCGCCAUCUUCAAAGCCCAACCCGACUGGACGCAGUACACCCCCGCCCAACUCAGCAUGCUCGGCUACUUCAACCUCAAACACAUCUGGCUAAAGUUGCUCAUCCCAUGGCGUUUGUUCCGCCUCUGGGCGCUGCUGGACGGCAUCGAUCCCCCGGAGAACAUGGUCCGCUGCAUGUCCGACAACUACAGCGUCACGCAAUUCUGGCGCGGCUGGCACCGCUCGUUCAACAAAUGGACGCUGCGAUACUUGUAUAUCCCGCUCGGCGGCAGCGCUAUGCCGGGUGUGUGGGGGAAGGCGCGCGCGAUUCUGAAUUAUCUCGCCGUGUUCACGUUUAUUGCCAUUUGGCAUGAUAUUCAACUUCGAUUGCUGAUGUGGGGUUGGCUGAUUACCGUCUUCGUUCUUCCGGAGAUCAUCGCCAGCGCUGUGUUCCCGGCGCCGAAGUUCAAGGACCGUCCUAAUGUGUACCGGGUGCUUUGUGGUGUGGGCGCCGUGGCGGAGAUUCUACUGCUCAUGGUGGCGAAUUUGGUCGGGUUUGCUCUGGGGAUGGAUGGGUUGAAGGGGCUUGUUGCUGGGAUUAUGGGGAGUUGGACUGGUUUAAUGUUCUUUUGGGGGGCGUGUGGAGCGCUGUUUGUAGGUGUGCAGGUUAUGUUCGAGGUGAGGGAGGCGGAGAGAAGGAGAGGAAUCAAUAUGAAGUGCUAGAUAUCUGGUAGAUUGCUGUUCGAUUCGUUGUCGUAUAGAGACAUACCCAUUAGCGUUAUUAGUCCGCAUCAACCCAUCAUCUAGGUUCCCUAAAAAUGAAG